AUGUACGAGGCUGGGGAAGGCGACUUUCAUGUCUUCAAUGUUGCCCCAGACCAUUACCAUCGACAAGAAGCUCUUCAACGCACCGGCGCCGUGGAGAUCAAUUGCAGCAUCGAAAAGGUCGUGCAUGGAGCCCUUGCUCCUGAUAGCGACUACUAUGCAACUCUCAUGGUUAUGCAAUGGUUCUUCCAACCUAAGAAUGGGCGGCGAAUUUCUGAGGCAACUAUUGAACUCCUCUUCGAGGCUGAAUCAAGUGACACGGAGAUCGAAGUCAAGGAGGUUUCCUUUCCCGAUACAUACAGUCUAAUGCCAACAACACAGGAUGAGUCGGUCACCAAGGGCGCUGAGACAACUGUCGGCGUGGAGCAAGUCGGCCAACUGAGCUUGACUGGAAAGUGGGAAAAGACGAUCACAAAAACAACAUCAGACGCCAUUACACUGAGCGGUGGAAAGCGUAUGGUUAAAAGCAUGCCUCCCAACCGUAUUGCAAGAUGGGUGCUCUCCGAGAACGAAUCGCAACCAGCUGGAAUUCCCACAUCGCUCAAGGUGGCGGUACUUAUCAUAAGAGAUGAUGAGGAACGGUUCAGAUGCAAGCUGGCUCUUGAGUGCAAGACGGAUUUGAAAACACGAUUUCAAGGUCUCUUUAAAAAGAUCCCGAAAGACCACCCUAUAAUAUUCCAACCAAACCCCGAGGAUAAAGGCACACGUCCGAACAAGAAUGUCACUUACGGCGAUGAGGACUUGGGAACUGUCAACCUCGAUGACCUAUCUGAUGUUACAUUCCGCAGGGUCAUAUCAGACGGGCAAAAGGUCUGGAGAUGA